UUUUGUAGUAAAGAGUUCUACAGUUCUACAGUACGUUAGUCGUAGCCGAGUUUGAUCCAGGUCGAUCGUGCACGAUAGUGCACGGAGUGUAAAGUGCGCGACUUACAUACAUACUAAAAUUAGAUCAGAAGGAUCGCCAAAAAUAAAUAAAACAAUAUAAAAUAUUUAAGAUAACUGAAAUAUAAAUUUUUAAAGAAAGAGGGAUUUGAAGACCUCCAUAAAAUAAAACAAACUUUGUCUAAAAAUAAAUGAUCGUUCGAGAAUCAAAUCAUCGUAAAGAUGUAAAAAUUAAAAAGUACGCAGAUAUUAAAUAAAGAGUUUAAAUAAAAUGUUAAUUUUAUUUAAAAAUGUAAAAAGAAUUCAAUUUUUCAUUGAAGAAUUUCAAUUAAACAAGGAUGGAUUUAUAUGUUUGCAGUUAUAAUUCAAGAAUGUAUGCUUAUGUUCGUUAUGUGUGUGAAAAGAAGUGAAUUAUAAGACCGUCUGGCCACGCCGAUCAAUAAGGACUACUGAGGGUGUAAUUCGUAAGCCCUAUGUGCUUUUUGUUGUAAAGGGCGGUGGCUAGGUGCAUAGGUCAAGAGAUCGGCAAUCUGCGGGAUUUAUAUGUUAUCAUUAUCAAUAAAGAACUAGUGUGGUGAGAGAGAUCUCUUGUCUUCGCAAACAAUGGAGACAUAGACACAUGGACCUGCGCGUUCUUUCCAAGUACAUUUUGUAAUGCAUCUGUCGACGGAAUCGGUGGACGAUGAUCUUGAAUUGCCAUGGGACGAAACGUAUUGAGCAUCUUGCUGCUCCUCUGCUGCAUGCUGCAACCGCACGUCGGACAGCUGCCUCGAGACACGCGAUGCUUUCUGGAGACUGGACUCACCUCGGCGAAUCUCUUUGUCAGCGAGGAUCUGUCCGUCGGCGGUACCGUGGGAAUCCUCGGAGUGCUAGGUGAUGCUAGCUCGCAGGGUGAUAUCGAACUGAGCUUGCAGGAGCAUGACAGCCCCGUCGCAUUCUCGCCAUACUCAAAGAAUUUGACUCUUAUCAGACCGAUUGACAAAGAGGGUGUCGAGGGUCCCUCCAGCAUCUACAUUAACGUUAUCUGCGAGAAGAAGCAUAAUACCGUGGACCCAGGAUUCAUCAUACCGGUGAACAUCCGAGUAACUGACGUGAACGAUAAUUCACCAAAAUUUAUAAGUGCACCUUACGUGCUGAAUAUUUCUGAGGUUACCGUCGUUGGCACGAGAGUUCUACAAGGAGUCCGAGCUGUUGAUGCCGAUCAACCAGGACCUUAUUCCACUGUACAGUACUCAAUCUUACCAGGAAAUCACUCGGAUUACUUUACUUUCGUAAAUGCGUUGGAAGGCACUCUUGUACUAAGAAAAUCGCUCGAUUACGAAACUCUCACCAACUUCUCCGUUGGUAUCCGUGCUCAAGACCAAGGUAAUCCACCACGUUCGUCAACGACAACGUUAUAUGUUAAUGUUCUCGAUGCCGACGAUCAAAAUCCGGCUUUUUUGAACCAUGAAUAUCAGGUCAUCGUACCUCGUUACAUAAAAGGGAGAAAAUCGUUAAGGGUGAUGCCUACCGUGAUAAAAGCCGUAGAUCAAGACGUCGGUAUAAAUGCGCCGGUCCGAUAUACGGUACACAGCGGAAUGUUACCUUUUCUGGAUUUGAAUCCUGAGACUGCUGAAAUCUUCAUGAUACGCUCGCUGCAGGACUACGAGUUAAUGACACCAGCAACUAUCGUUAUUAGGGCUACUCAAGUGAAUAAUGCGGAUAGAUAUACCUUUACCACAAUUAUUGCAUCGCGAGAAGAUAUGGUUGGUCCAACAGCAGAUGGCCGAUUGCCCGUGAAAUUUAUACUAAAGAAUUAUCAAACGAGGGUACUGGAGAACAAGACAUCCGAGAGCGUUCUUCUAACAGCAGGGGUCAACAAAGUUGAUCCUGAUUUGAAAUUCUGGCUGGUGGGAUCAGUGGGGGAUCUAGAGAGAUUCUCGAUAACUAACUCUGGCCAGUUGAUUCUCAAAGGGAAUCUGGAUUACGAGAAAUCGACUGAGCACAGCUUUUUGGUUCACGUCACAGACGGAUAUCAUAACGAUACGUCACGUGUGAACAUUUCGGUCGAAGACGUAAACGAAUGGCAACCUCGGUUCCAAUAUUCCCGGUAUGAAUUUCCUGCACCUCCCGCGAUAGUAGGCUCUGUCGUAGGAAAAUUAGAAGCUACUGACGGCGAUUGGGGGAACAAAGUCACUCUGUCUCUCAAAGGACAAGAUGCAAGAUUCUUCAAGAUUAGAGAUAACGGAGAAUUAGUGCUGAGAUCGCUAGAUUCGUUUAACGGAUCUGUGGCGCGAUUCAUGGCGAUAGCUACCGAUACCGGAAUACCGCCAAGAUCCAGCACGGUCCCAGUGAUAGUUAAGAUGCCGAACGGCGGCUCGUUGCCGAUCGCUGCGAGAGCCGCACCCGCUUGGCUAGGUAACAGCGUACUAUUAGUUGCAAUCUUCGGCGCAGUUUUAGGUCUUCUUGGAGUUGUCAUACUCAUUCUCAUCCUUUACAUUUAUAAGCACAAAAGGCCAAAAAGCGGUGGUUCGGUCAGCUCCGUGGGUACAGGAUACCGCGAGAAAUCACCGGUUCCCUCGGCUCUGAGUCCAACUCCGCAAGUGCUAGGCGCCAAUGUUCUUCAGGACGCUUUGGAAGGCCCGCGGAAUCGACGUUACGAUAUCGACGGCAACGAGAACGAUAACGUGGACAGCCGUAACGAAAUCGAUAAUCCCGUCUUCGGAGAAGCCAAUGAAAGCUCGUACAGCGCUACAAUCAAGAGUAUAGCGUCGGCGAGACAGUUACCAUUGUACGCCCGACAUAAAGUAGCGCCCGCCCCGAAUCCGCCAGCCUUAUCAGCCACUUCGAACAUCCCCAAUAUCGGCGGACUGGUGCAAAAUAUGAACGACUUGAGUGCUAGAACCAAUUUGGAUACCGGAUCCCACGACUCUUCCAAUUAUUCCGGAGAUCCUCCGGACUCCCUGGUGCCAGCGUGGCCUGCUAAUUCAGUCUUGCCGAGGAUCAAAAAGUUGUCCUGGGACGACGACGAUAGGACCGUGGAUAGCGUCGAGGUCGCGGCGGAAACGCGAACCGGAGACAAUCAAGCUGGCAACGAGAGGCUCAAUCUCACCGUGUACUUCUAACGAUUCCAUUAUUUUGUAAAUGGGACGAAUGUCCAAUAACGACGGCGGAAGACUGUUGUAAGCGCUGUUUGGCCAGUUAAAUAAAGUCUCGUUGAUGUCGAAAUUCUGCAAAUGAACUUCGAAGCGUCGCAAUGCGCGAGAUGACCUUACCCGCGUAUUCGGUCCACAGAGUAUCUGUGCUGUCUGCGCAGUAUAGCGUUAAUUCGCAUCAUCCUGAAUGGAUUACCAUUCAUUACCUGCACGAUGCAACAUCCGAUCUCCAAUGUUAUAUGUAAUCAUUAGAAAUUGUUAAGAAUUUAAUAUUAGAAGAAAUGUUACACAGAGCAUGAAAAACAUUUUAAACAUUAAAGAGCAAAAUAGGAAAAACUAGGGAAUUGGAACGUGACGGUAAAGAGAUUCGAAUAUCGCCGGGAAUCUGACGAUAUCCUGUAAAUUAUUAAUAUAUAGAAAUAAAUAAAUAAAAUAUUUUUCACAAUUA